AUGAAGCAAGGCGAUAUCCUUGCGCAAUGGAUACCCUUAUGCCAGACACUUUUCCCAUACGAUGAAUUGGUUCCCAGUCCAUAUAUCGGUGACAAUAGCCCUCUCAAUCAAGAACUAGUGGACCGAUACCGCAUUGUCCAUUCAAAUCAAGCGCAUCCGUUGCCUUCUUUUUUAGACCAGGCGAUACAAGGUCUGAACGAUGAUUGGAUGUCUUCGGAUCAACAACAUAUCCUUCCCCCUCCGCGACAGUCCACUACAGCUAUCAACCACCUACUGAGCGACUUGGUGGGUCCGUAUGUUGCAGGCUAUGGUACAGAAUCAGGCCAUGCUGCACAUUUCGCGGCAGACAACAAUGAUCUCCAUAUGCGCCUAACAAAUGGACUGGGCUGGCAGUACUACCUUGAUGACGUUUCACGCUUCGUCAACGAUGACCUCUUUCUUGAGAAGCAAUUCAACACAAGUCCAGCUAGAGACGUCAGCCACCCUAUGCCGUUUACUCCUAUCGCCAAUUCCAAUCAGCCGAACAAUUUGCAGGUUGAUACAAAUCACUUGACCCUAGCAUCGUUUCAGGAACCAUUUGUAGAGACCGCUUUGUCCGUUGAACAGCCCGACGCUUUCAGUGACACCGCCUUCGAUACAGUGUCGCAAUGUGACGGCUAUCAACAGCUCAGAGCCUCUUCACAUCACGGGGCCAGUCAAAGCAAUUAUGGAAUGCCGCUUUAUUCGGCACCAGUAAGCUUUGAAUAUUUCCCUCCUUUACAUGAUCAACUUGCCAGUGCUACAACCAUGAGCACACAGACCAGCAGUCAAGGUUGGAACCCGGCUUGCUCGUCUUAUAUGGUGUCUUCGUGGACUAGCCCUACCUCAGAUAUAGAGAGCUAUGAUUGUAUAUCAUCACGAUCAGUAGGCGUGCCAGUGAUCCCUCGUCUUCGCCAUGCCCAGCCUAGUUCCAGGUCUCUUGCCGAAGGGCCACUUACAGCUCCACACGACAACAACCCCGCAAACACCACGAGUUGGCCUGCCCAACAGCCGUUCUUUGCUCCGCAGGUGGUACCCGAGGCCAAUCAGCAAAACGAGGCGGCUUCAAGGAUGCCCUUUUGGAGCGCCUAG